GAGAGGGAGAGUGAGGAACGAUCUCGGAGCGACAGACAGAGAGAAGAAAAGAUAGAGCGAGAGAGCGAGAGAGGUUGAAUGAGUAAGUUAGUGAGUGAAUUAGUAAGUGAGAAAUACAUUUAGGCUACUUCCAACUAAGUGUUUCGCUAAACGGAUCAAAAAUGACUAGUCAAUUCGAAGAAGAUAUCCACGACCGGGGAGACAGUAAGAGUAAACCGCUCACUCUGCUCUCUUCCUACUGCAUCGACAGUAUUCUGGGCCGACGGAGCCCCUGUAAAGUCAGGCUGAUAGGGGCGCAAAGUUUGACAGCUCUACCCGGGAGACAGGAGGACUACAAGCAGAUCGAAGGCUCAACUAAAGACCACCUAUCAACAGACACAGACAUGCACCUUCCACCAAAGCUGCGCCGACUCUACGGACCAGGCGGGAAGUACCUGGACCACGGACGGGUUUUAGUUCAGGACCUCGAUGAGAAAUUGGAUAGGGAAAGGCUUCUGGUGGACCAAGCCUGCGAGAGUCUCAAAAUCAACCAGGCUCCACAGGUGAGCAUUAGCCGGAGCAAGUCAUACCGGGAGAACGCGUCCCUAAGCCGGGGAGAGGGAGGUCAAAGCCCCGCUGGUGUGCCGGAGGAUGGACCCGGGCUGAGACUAGGGCUGAUGAAGUUCGAGGACGCGGGGAAAGAAGAGGAGAUCUGUGGGGAGGCGAUGGGUCUCUCCCCGAAGGACGAGGAGAGGGAGAGCAUCCACGCCGGGGAUGGAGACGUGAGGGACGGCGAGGACAGCGUGUGUCUGUCGGCAGGCAGUGACUCGGACGAAGGGAUGCUAAAACGCAAGCAAAGAAGAUACAGGACUACAUUCACCAGCUAUCAGCUGGAGGAGCUGGAGAAGGCUUUCCGGAAGACACACUACCCCGACGUCUUCACCAGAGAGGAGCUUGCGAUGCGGCUGGAUCUGACCGAGGCGCGCGUGCAAGUGUGGUUUCAGAAUCGUCGUGCUAAGUGGCGUAAGCGUGAGAAGGCAGGUGUCCAGACAUACCCCCCUGGCCACCCUUUCCCUGGGCCCCUGUCUGCCACGCACCCCCUCAGCCACUACCUGGAUGGGGGUCCCUUCUCCACGCACCACCACCCCGCCCUGGAGUCUGCCUGGACCGCCGCGUUUCCUGGUCUAGCUCCUCACCAUAGCAACCACUCGGCCCAGCAGCAAGGGACACCGCUGGGCCUUGGAACAUUCCUGGGUGCAGCUGCCAUGUUCCGUCACCCCACCUUCAUCGGGCCCACCUUCGGCAGGAUCUUCUCCAGUAUGGGCCCUCUGACCAGUGCAUCCACCGUUGCUGCACUCCUCAGCCAGCCUGCCCCGUCCAUCAAGACUCCCUCCAUCCCUCCCCCGGUCCUCUCUGACCCUUCCUCCUCCCCAUCGCCCUCUUCCUCGGCUGCAGCAGACCGCAGAGCAUCCAGUAUUGCAGCUCUAAGGCUGAAGGCUAAAGAGCACUCUGCCCAGAUCACCCAGAUCCACAUCCUGCCCAGCAGAGCUCCAGGGAAGGAGGUGUGCUGAAUAGCUGUUAUCCCAACCUUUUCUCUCUCUCCUGGGCUUUUGUCCCUCACCUGUCCCCCUCUUACCUCUCAUACCUCUGGAGUGGUGUGGUGGGUGGAUCCAACCCUUAUCUCUAACCUCUGAUCUUCUAACUUCCCCACCCCUUCCCCAUAAUUCUUAGCCCCAAACAAAAAGCACAACCAAAUUCAAAGAGCACUGGCAAACCGGAGCGCUGUGUGUGUGUGUGUGUGUGUGUGUGUGUGUGUGUGUGUGUGUGUGUGUGUGUGUGUGUGUGUGUGUGUGUGUGUGUGUGUGUGUGUGUGUGUGUGUGUGUGUGUGUGUGUGUGUGUGUGUGUGUGUGUGUGUGUGUGUGUGUGUGUGUGUGUGUGUGUGUGUGUGUUCAUGCGUGUGUUUGUGUGUGAGAGAGCAUCAUCAUCAUCACCCCUCCAGGUCUCCUGAUUGAACUUAUUCCUUAGCUAUAGAUCCAUUUCACCAAGAAUCCCCCUGACACACACACACCAACGAACCUCCAUACUGUGUUAACCCCUUCUCUAGCUCAUGCUUCCUGUUUCACUAAGUCCACUUUUUUGUGUCAAAUUAAAAACUACGAACUCAGGGGGGUCAACUCCAUGACACCUGCUGCUUGGACACGGACACGGACACACACACACACACACGCUUUCUCGAGUCCAGAGAAAGAGCAAGAACAAGAACCAGAACUAAAAACAGUUGAUUCAGUGGACCACGUGAACCCAGUGCCAAAGCAGAGUCUGAGGUCUACAUCCAAGCCAAAGCAACCUGUCCACAGACCUUCCUGUCCUACUCUGCAACCCAACCUGAACCUACUGGCUCAAUCUAACCUGCAUCAAGUUUGUUCUUCUGUCUUCCUUUUCAGUUCCCAACAUCAUUAAGCAGCACAUGAUUGAUCAUUUUGGAGUAAAUAAAAUAUAAUUGUCAGCCUUUCAGCAAAUUGAGUUUUAAUUUAUGGACAAAUUAGGUACAUUUUAGAUUAUAUCCAGUGUCUCUUAUGGCUGAACUGAGAAAACUGAGUAAACUGGUGUAAAUGUUAUUGUAAAAAAAUGAGGGGGGAAAACUAACAAAAACAUAAUUUUCAAAACAUAUUUGAAAAGAGACCAUGCUUGAGAAGUUGCACUUGGUGUAAAGUUGUAUGGAUUUAGCCGUGGCCCUUAGAGGUCCCCCAUGGUUAUGAGCUAUCAUAGGUUUUUACAUUAUAAUUUAUGUCAAAACUGUUCCCCAAUAGAUUGAGUGCAGGGUGUCAUGGAAAGAUGUUCCCAACAGGGCAGGAGUUUUUUUUAUUGUUAAAGUGAUUGUACAUUUCCUGGUUUAAUAAUAGAUAGAAAAAAAAACAUAAUUUAAUAAAUGAGUGGUGAAAUUAAAUAUUGCUUAGAUUAUUAUUUCAAUCCAUUAUAGACCUGACAAAAGCAAGCCAUUUUAAACAUGUGAAAUAGAA